AUCAAAGACAUCGACGAGCUCCGAGAAUUUCGUCUCAAAUCGAAUUGUGGGAAAAAUGCCGGUCAUGGAGAAACUGAGGAUGUUCGUCGCGCAGGAGCCGGUUGUCGCUGCGUCUUGCUUAAUCGGCGGUGUUGGACUCUUUUUGCCUGCUGUUGUGAGGCCUAUUCUAGAUUCACUCGAGGCUUCCAAGCAAGUCAAAGCGCCUCCACUUACAGAUGUUAUUGCUGGUGUCACAGGGAAGAAACAGAGCUAAUCCUAGCAAUGUUUUCUUACAUUCAGAUUUCCAUAUUCCUUUUUUGGUCUUUUAACUCUUUUCUAUUUUACAAAUGAAAUAAGCCAGACUCAUGUUUUUGUUUCUGAAACUUAUAUAAAGGCAUGUGUGUAUGUACACUCCCUGUCAAUCAGAUGUAUUCAUUUCUUAAUGACAAAUUGAAAAGCUUGGAACUUUUUUGUUGCCA